AUGAUCAGGACCGAGCCCCGGAGGACACUGAGGCACCCGCGCAACCGAGCCUCCGAGGCUCUCCAGUCCAACGACCGGUUUGAUGCCCUCGUUCGGGAUCGGGAUACCUUGCGGGCGGAAGUGGCAGACAUGCGCAAGUCAUUGGAGGAAAUCCAGUCGAAACACCACGCGGAGAUGAAAGCUCUACAGGGGAGGCUAGAUGACGCCGAAAACAAGAAAGAACAUGCAGAGUCGCAGUUCCAGAAGCUCCUGGAAAGAGUGAAUACAAUCAAGUCUCAACUUGGCGAGAGAUUGAGGGAAGAUGCUGAAGAGCUUGCACAGGCUAGAUCGAAAAUUGAUGAAUUGGAGGAGGAAAACACAAGCAUCAAGGAUCAAUACCAAGCGAAGUGUGGCGAGCUCGAGCAGUUGUCGGAAGACAGAAGGAACAUGUCACAGGAGCUUUCGACCUUGCGAGAUCGUACAAAUCUGUCCCAGCAAAAUUGGUUGAAAGAGAAGGAGGAGCUCCUAGAACAAGAGAACUAUCUUCAGUCAGAGUUCGAGCAAGCCAAAGAGGCCAUGCACAACUGGGAAGUCCUUGCUAUGGAGGAGCGGUCCAUUAGGGAAACCCUUGAAGUGAAGGUGGUAGAUCUCGAGGAACAGCUAGCAAGCGUCAAAGAUGCCUACGAGAAAGCAUCUACGGAACGUGACUCUCAAGUGGCUGCAGUUGACGGACUACAGCGAGCUUUGCAGGAAAUCCAAACCGCGCGCAAACAGGAACUUCGUGAGCUCGUGGAGAACUCCGACGCCCAGCUUGAGGAGCUGAAGCAGAGUCUUCAAGAGGCAACGAAGAAAGCCCUCGACGCCGAGAAAUCUCUUCAAGAUGCUCAGGGCGAGCUCGAACGAGUUCGGCCAUUCGAGAAGGAAGUCAAAGAAAAGAACCUCUUGAUAGGGAAGCUCAGGCACGAAGCGGUGACACUCAACGACCAUCUGACGAAAGCUCUGCGCUUCCUCAAGAAAGGGAAGCCGGAAGACAACGUCGACAGACAUAUCGUAACGAAUCACCUCCUGCAUUUUCUUGCUCUUGAUCGGUCAGAUCCCAAGAAGUUCCAGAUCUUGCAACUCAUUGCCGCGCUCCUCGGCUGGACAGAUGGUUACGUGAGCAGGCUGGUCUGGCGCUAUGAGAUAAGCUAUGUCAUGAGGCUGUCCGUUUGCGACAUACGGCACAUGCGCCUUCGGUUCACCGCCUCAUAUUCUGCCGCAUCUAUUUUGUUGAAGUUGCACAAAUUCCGCCCAGUUGUGGUCUCAGGACCGUCAGGAACCGGGAAGUCGACUCUCCUGAAGAGGCUCUUUGCCGACUAUCCGAACACCUUCGGCUUCUCAAUCUCGCAUACCACGCGGAGCCCUCGUGCGGGUGAGCAAGACGGUCGCGAAUACUGUUUCACGACAAAGGAAGACUUUCUCGACUUGGUCAGCAAGAACGGCUUCAUUGAACAUGCGCAAUUUGGAGGCAAUUACUAUGGUACUAGUGUCCAAGCUGUGAAGAACAUCGCCGAGCAGGGUAGGAUUUGCAUUCUUGAUAUCGAGAUGGAAGGUGUGAAGCAGGUUAAGCGCACGGAUCUCAAUGCGCGCUUUUUGUUCCUGGCCCCUCCCUCGGUGGAGGAGUUGGAGAGGAGACUGCGUGGAAGAAACACUGAGACAGAAGAAAGCCUGAAGAAACGUCUUGCGCAGGCUAAAAAUGAGCUCGAAUACGCCAAGGAGCCGGGUGCUCAUGAUAAAGUCGUCGUCAAUGAUGACCUUGAGAAAGCUUAUGCUGAGUUGAGGGACUUCAUUGUCGACGGCGAUAAAUUCGGCGCCCAGCAAUAG